UUCCUGACAAAUAUUCUUUGGAUGACGUGUCAUGCGAACGCCAGCUUAUUCUUUCUUCGCACCCAUCCAUCCGUCUUCCACUUUUUUAUUCCCAUUAUCGCACCAAACAACCAACCUGCCUCUUUCGCUGGCAAUUAACAAGAAGAAGACAAUAGACCAGCACCAUGCAGUUCCACUUAGUUGUCGCCUUGUCGGCUCUUUGCUCGGCGAGUGCCUUCACUGCUCCAGCCAAGACGCCCAGUUCCUCUCGUCUGUUUGUAGCUGCAGAGCCCAAGAAUGAUCUCUUUGUGGACGCCACUGCCACUCAAUCCUCCGUCCAAGAAUACUACGGACAAACUCUGGCCACAUCGGAUGAUUUGAAAACCAAUGCCUGCUGCACGGGAGAUGCUCCUCCCAGUUACAUUAAACAAGCAAUCGACAAGAUCCACCCAGAUGUCAAGGCGAAGUACUACGGAUGCGGACUCUGUUUGCCACAAUACGACAUGACCGGUGCUCGUGUCUUGGAUCUGGGAUGCGGAGCCGGACGGGAUGUCUACAUUGCCUCCCAAUUGGUCGGACCCACCGGCAAAGUUGUUGGCGUCGACAUGACCGAAGAACAAUUGCAAACAGCACUUGAAACCCAAACCUAUCAUGAAGAAAAAUUCGGAUACAACAAUGUGCAAUUCCUUCAGGGGUACCUGGAGAAUUUAGAUCAAAUUCCGGAACUCAAGGAUCAAAAGUUUGAUGUCAUUAUCAGCAAUUGCGUAAUUAACCUCUGUUCCGACAAAAAGGGAGUCUUGGAACAUUGCUACAACCUUCUCGAGGAGGGCGGAGAAUUCUACUUUAGCGAUGUGUAUGCCAGUCGCCGGGUGCCUCAGGAACUUCAGGAUGAUCCCGUUUUGUGGGGAGAAUGCUUGAGUGGAGCUCUCUACUGGAAUGACUUUGAAUGCUUGUCCAGAGACGUUGGGUUUGAUCCACGCUUGGUCGAGGAUGCACCCAUUACAGUCAGCAACGCAGAUGUGCAACGUAGCAUUGCCGAACACGGGCAUGAAGCACUCGAGUUCUAUUCCGCAACUUACCGUCUCUGGAAACUCCUCGAUCUAGAACCAGCCUGCGAAGACUAUGGUCAGGCAGUUAUCUACAAGGGAACAAUUCCACGAUACCAAUCUGGAUGGUUACUCGACAAGCAUCAUUACUUUGAACAGGGAAGAAUCAAAACGGUGUGUGGAAAUACAUGGAAGAUGCUACAGGAUACCCGAUUGAAGGAACACUUUGAAUUCGUUGGGAAUUUUGACAAUCAUUACGGAAUCUUUGAGGGAUGUGGUAGUAGCCUCCCCUAUGAUGCACAAUCCAGUGCUGCAGCUGGAAAGGGAGACGCCACCAAAGGAUCUUGUUGCUGAGUCGAGUCGACGACGUAGCCCGAGUGAGCGAAGUGUUGCAAAGGACACUCAAGUAGACCAUUAGACUAACCGAUUGUGAACAAAACUUGCACUUGUUUUGUUAUGUGCCGAUUUUGGUGAUCAGGGAGAGUUACGCUAGUACGUUCAUCAUAACUCUAGUUUUAUCCAGCCACCCAUUGCCUUGCAGGGCGUCUUUUCGCCAUGUCUGGACCUUGAAGCUGCAUAAGAGAAAACAAUGAUCAGUUUGCUUG